CUGCCUCCCCGUUCCUUCUCCUUCCUCGCCCUGCCCAUCCCGUCCCCGCUUCAAAUUUUGCGUAGCGUUGAUUUCACGCCCCGAUACUUCCCUUCAAAAUCGGCCGGCCGACGCACCAACCCCCCUGAUCCGAAGGCGAGCCGGAACCCAAACCCUAGCAGCCGAGAGCAAUGGCGCGCCCGAGGGGCAAGAAGCGCACGGCGGCCGAGGCGGCGGCCACUGAUUCGAGCAAGCCGGAGGCGGCGGCGAAGGAGCCGGCCAAGCGGGGGCGGGCGAAGCGCGUCAAGGCGCCGGCCGAGCCCACGGAAUACUUUCCCGAGAAGAGGAAUCUCGAGGAUCUGUGGUUAUCUGCUUUUCCUGUUGGCACUGAGUGGGAAAACAUUGAUAAGAUAAAGGAAUUCAACUGGAACUUUGAAAACUUAGAGAAAACAUUAGAAGAAGGGGGAGAACUUUAUGGCAAGACAGUUUACUUGUUUGGAAGCACUGAGCCUCAGCUAUUGUAUGUGAAUGGUGAAUCAAAGAUAGUGCUUAUUCCAGUUAUAAUCGCGGUAGACUGUCCUUUCCCUCCAUCAGAUAAGAUCGGCAUAAAUUCGGUCCAAAGAGAAAAUGAAGAAAUAGUGCCAAUGAAGGCGAUGAAGAUGGCAUGGGUGCCUUACGUUCCCCUUGAGGACCGGCUCAGCAGGAUUGACAGUUUGAAAACAAAAAUAUUCACUCUCGGUUGCACCCAGCGAAGGUCUGCGCUUAAGCAUCUCAAAACUGAGAGAGUCAAGAAGUUUGACUACUGCAUGCCAUAUUAUAUGCCACUGCAACCUGUUGAAGAUGAAGAUGACACGGUUAUCAAUUUCUUGUAUCCUCAAGAACCACCAAUAGUAGAUGACUUUGACUGGGAAAUGGAUGAAUACGAGGACUUUGCUGAUCAGAAAGUUAAAGAUGAGGUCCUGCCGGAGGAUGAGAAAGAAAAAUUUAAGGAAUUUUUAAAGGAGAAGGUUAGAGAAAGGAAGAGAGAACUGAAACAGGCUAAAGAAGCCAGGAAGAAAGCUAUUGAUGAUAUGGAUCCUAAGGAGAAAGAGGCGUUUGAAAAUAUCAAAUUUUACAAAUUUUAUCCUGUGAAAAACCCGGACACACCAGAUGUUGACAAUGUAAAGUCAAAGUACAUCAACAGAUAUUACCGGCACACACAUUAUUUGAUGUAGGCAUUCGUGAUCUCACAUGUUUGGUGAGUUUCGUGGAUUGAGCUAUCCAAAUUGAAGAGUUUGUUCCAGAAAAUUUUGAAACCCGGAGAAGAUCAGCUUGGCAACAUCUUCGAAUGUGGUUUCUUAUGGGCCCAUCAGACAGCAUGUUGCAUCUCCUGUCUGCUGUGCACUUCAGCUAGAGUUAAACUCACCGAGUAACCCCCUCCUUAGGCAUCUUCCUUUGUUGCGGGCGUAUAACAUCUUGAGGAUAUAUUUAUUGUGUAACAAUCAGAGGGUCAAGGUUGUUGUUGUAAGAGUAAACAAGCAGUUCAGGAACAAUUUGUUCCCUUUUUCAUUUAGUAAAGUUUAGGCAGGGAAUUCCUGGAUUUAUCUGAUAUCUUUGCAAAACAGUUUGUGCCCGUGGUA